AGGUGCGUUACAUGAUUUCGACAGUUUGUUGCGAGAUGUUGUGCUGCUUGAGAUAUGCGUCUUGGGGAAAAUUAAUAACGCUUUAUUUGUGAAGGGAGGUUUGGGAAUGUGUGUUAAUUUGUCGACGCAAGUCCAGACUUCGUAUUUUUGUGCGUUUCGCCGUUUGGGUGUAAAAAUGAUCUCUCCGUAUUUCACCGAAUCAGCUGCUGGUGGAGAAACUUUUGAAACUGACACAAAGAGGAAAAUAAACACAGGAAUUCGUAGAUUGAGAUCCAGGGUGUUGAAAUCAGAAGAUGCUGCAGUCAGCGUGAAGGCAGAGAUGCACGAGCGCAGUAUUACAGAUGCGCAAACAUCUGCAGAUCCUCUAUCAAACAGCAACGAAACUAUCACCAAAGUAAAGGCAAAUGAUGAUGAAGCCCCUCUGCGUUCACCUAAAAAAACGAGACGGGGUCAUGUGAAAGUGGAGUAUGAGGAGGAAGGGGUGGGGCUGAAGAGGGAGCACUGGGAGCCGUGUGAUUGGAGAACACAGCUGUCAUUUAUCCGGGAGAUGAGGAGCAAGCGGGAUGCCCCUGUGGAUCAGAUGGGAGCUGAGAAAUGUUAUGAUGCUGAAGCACCGCCUGAGGUUCGUCGGUACCAGGUGUUGAUCUCUUUAAUGUUAUCCAGUCAGACGAAAGAUCCCGUCACAGCCGGUGCCAUGCAGAGAUUACGUGAGCGCGACCUCACCACGGACUCGAUUCUCAACAUGGAUGAUGAUACGCUGGGCAAACUUAUAUAUCCAGUGGGCUUCUGGAGGACAAAGGUGAAGUACAUAAAAAAGGCCACGGAUCUGAUCCAACGGGAGUUCGGUGGUGACAUUCCUAACACAGUGGAGGGUCUGAUGCGCCUUCCGGGCGUCGGACCUAAAAUGGCCCACCUAGCCAUGGACAUCGCCUGGGACAGCGUGUCAGGGAUUGGUGUGGACACCCACGUCCACCGAAUCUCAAACAGGCUUGGCUGGACCAAGAAAGAGACGAAGAUGCCAGAGGCAACGCGGAAGGCCCUCGAGGAUUGGUUACCACGAGACCUGUGGAGCGAGAUCAACUGGCUGCUGGUCGGUUUCGGGCAGCAGGUGUGUUUACCUGUCGGACCCCUUUGCUCCAUGUGUCUGAAUCAGUACACCUGUCCAUCCGCUCACCGUGCCUCCCCCAAAAAGAUCAAAGCAGGCUCACCAAAAUCCCCAAAGAUACUAACGUCUCCAACACCAAGGGUCAAAGAGGAGAUGUCAGACGUGCCUGCUUACGGCUCCCCUUCUCAGAGGAGGACGACUCAACAAGACGUUUCAGAAAAGGAGCUUCAAACAAAAUCCUCUUUUUGUACUGAAGAACAUGGGACUGAAGUGAAAACAGAGGUUCCAGGAGACGAUAGAGAAGGAGGCGCAUCUCUCCCCAGAGAGAGACACAGAGGAAAGAGGCGAAUGAAAGCUCCUCCCUCACAUCGGACACAACGAUUAAAAUCUCAGUAUAAAAUACUAAAUAGCAAGUUAGAUAUAAAUAGUAUAAACGAAUCUGAAAAUUGUAUGUGUUUAUUCAAUGUUUUUGAAUAAAAGUACCG